AGCAGGGCGUUGUUGAGCAUUACAAUCCCUAGAUAAAUACCAGGGACUUUUCAUUGCAACACAGAUAAAAGUUUGACUGUAACUGUAUAUAAGAGCUGGUCUUUGUUUUGUUCAGCAGCUCCACACAGGACGGCUGAAGAUCAUUCGACAGCAGGUCAUCAUCAUAUUUCAUAUCUGCAACAUCUCCACCAUGAAGAUGCUCACUGUGACUUUGUUUGUGUGUGCCAUGAUGGUGCUGACCCGAGCUACCCCUCUUCCACAAACAGAGGACCAACCUGAGCCAGUGGAAACUACAGUAAUAGCUGUUGAUCCUGUGCCAGUGGAAACUACGGUAAUAGCUGAACCUGAGCCAGUGGAAACUACGGUAAUAGCUGAACCUGAGCCAGUGGAAACUACAGUAAUAGCUGUUGAUCCUAUGCCAGUGGAAACUACGGUAAUAGCUGUUGAUCCUAUGCCAGUGGAAACUACAGUAAUAUAUGGUGAUUAUUUUGAUGAUUGGACAACAGAACGAACUGAUGCAGAUGCAGAUGAUGAUUCUGGGACAGAUGAAUCUACAGAAGGAACUGAUGAAGAUGCAGAUGAUGAUUCUGGGACAGAUGAAUCUACAGAAGGAACUGAUGAAGAUGCAGAUGAUGAUUCUGGGACAGAUGAAUCUACAGAAGGAACUGAUGAAGAUGCAGAUGAUGAUUCUGGGAAAGAGGAAUCUACAGAAGGAACUGAUCCAGAUGCAGAUGCCAAACCUGAGACAGAUUAAAUGAAACGCAGUGUGAUGCUCGUCUCCAAUCAGUCUGCAGCGGUAUUCUGAUGUGAUUCCUGGGCUGAAACAGAGGCAUGGUCGAGCUGUACAAAGCACAAACACCUGGUCGAUGUGUUUUCAUGCUAUAAGUCUCAUGUAUAACCUGUAGCAUCAUUAUCUCAUAUUACACCUUUCUUUUUCUGUCGCUGUAACGCUACUUAAGGAAUGAAGCGGCAAGAAACAUAAACAGGAGCUGGAUUGUUCCUGAGGCCUUGUGUCUUGAAUAAGAGCAAACUGAAUGUGUUAUGAAUGAUUUUAGCACAGCCUUAUUCUGCAGAGUAACCUGUUCUUUCUUGUCUCUUGCAAAUUAAAAAGCUUAAGCAUUGAAAAA